GGCAGUCAAACCCAUAAUUGACACUUCACUCUCUUAUACUUCUAUCUGUUAUAUUGAGACUCAUCCUUCACUAUCACACUGCCCAAGCAAGCCAAAGCAAAGAAGAAAAUUAUGCGCUGAGAGAUAACCGGUUGGGCUCUUCUCACUUUGGGAUCUUGUUUGUGAUCUUUGGCUGACACACAUUUAUCCAAAUCUAAGGCAGGGGGCGCUUUCGUCCUUACAAUCAUAACAAGGAAUAUGACGGCAUCAUCAGCAAGCUCCGAUGAGGGCGAGAUUCGCGAUGGAGUAGUGGAGAAGAAGGCAACUACGUCGCAGCGUACACUCGGUAGCACUUCCGUUGACCGUCAAGACAGAACCCGUUCUAGUACGACUUCUUUAUCACCACGCUCCUCCGAGCAAUCAUAUAGAUCUAGAGAUCAGAGAAGCCGUUCCCCUUAUUCUGACCGACACUCUCGAGGUUCGAAGAGACCUAGAGAUGACGACUACUCAGACCGUAGCAGAAACGAUCCAAGACGAUUCAAGGUUCAUUACGAAGAUUAUUCUCAAGACCAUAGACGCCGCCCACGGAUUUCAUACGAAGACAUAGACAAAGGGCCAAUGAACUCAUCCGAACUACGAUAUGACGACAAUGAUCAUCGAGAUAGGCAUUCCGAAAAACGUCCUCGAACCAGGAGUCGUUCGCCUUACCGAGCUAAUCGUGAAGGAGAUAGAGGUGGAAGAAAUGGACAGUCAGUAAAUAAUGGCAGCCGGUAUAGUGAUUAUACAGAUAGAAACAAGCCUUAUGGGUAUGGAGGUUCAUACCGAAGUUCAAGAGACCAGUCAGUGAGCAAUCGGGGAAAGGGCCCGCUGCCUACUGAUAAUUCGAGACAUGAGGCUAAAACUACUCAAGGGCAAUUGCAACAGCAUAAACAUCAACGUGAUGGGAGUGAGAUGGAUAUAUCUACUCCUGCUGAGGAAGCUUCGAAUGAAGCUCCUGAAGAAGAGCCAAUUGAUGAGGCUACACUCAUAGAGCAGAGACGCAAGCGUCGUGAGGCAAUAAAAGCUAAGUAUAGAGGUUCUGGUACACCCUUGUUAGUACAAGCUCUGCACUUAGGGGACAGAUCCGGAGGAUCCACACCUGGACAAGGUGAAGAUGAUAGCCCUUCAGGCCCAACCGUCUCAGCUUCACCAACCGUCUCGACUCCCGGAACUCCUAUGGAUCCAGGAUCCCCUUCCGCUUUCGCAAUCACGGAUGAUCAGGAUCUUGCCAACUCACAUGGAGUUCCAACAGCAGAUGAGGAGGAUGGACCUUCAGCCGCAGAUUAUGAUCCAACUAUGGAUAUGAGAGAAGAUAGACAGCGCGACGGCCAACGACAUUUUGAUGAGAUAUCCUCUGGGGCAUACAACGAAACGAAGCCCACGUCUGAACAAGACGUCCUUCUUCCUGCCGAGAUUGCCCCCGCUGAAGUCAAAGCUCCAAAAUCGAAGGACGAAUUUGAUAUGUUUGCAGACGAUGACGAUGACGACAUGUUUGCCGAAGAUUCAGUCGCGGAUGAUAAGCCUCAAGCUAUCACGAAUGGCGACGUUGCCAAAGCGGUGCCUAUUCCACAAGCUAAAGAGCUCGACAUAGGCAUGCUCGACAAUUGGGAUGAUCUUGAGGGUUACUACAAGAUUAUCCUUGGUGAACUCUUGAAUGGUAGAUAUCAUGUCCAAGCAAAUCUUGGAAAGGGUAUGUUCUCGGGUGUGGUUCGAGCUAUGGACAUUACUACCAAAAAGUUGGUCGCAAUCAAGCUUAUUCGGAACAAUGAGACUAUGAGGAAGGCUGGAAUGAAAGAGAUUGAGAUUCUAGAAAAGAUCAAAGAUGCGGAUCCCGAGGACAAAAAACAUAUGAUACGUCUAGAACGAUAUUUUGAACACAAAGGUCAUUUGUGUAUGGUUUUCGAACAUUUGAGUAUCAAUUUGCGCGAGGUUCUGAAAAAAUUCGGAAACAAUGUUGGUAUCAAUCUCAAGGCCGUGCGAGCAUAUGCUCAUCAGAUGUUCCUCGGUCUCAGCUUGAUGAAGAAGGCCAAUAUCUUGCACGCGGAUCUGAAACCUGAUAAUAUUUUGGUCAAUGAAACUCGCAACAUGCUCAAAAUUUGUGAUUUGGGAUCCGCUUCGGACGCAACGGAUAACGAGAUCACUCCUUAUCUUGUUUCUCGUUUCUAUCGUGCACCAGAAAUCAUUCUUGGUAUGAAAUACGACUUCGCCAUUGAUAUUUGGUCUAUUGGAUGUACCCUAUACGAAUUAUAUACCGGUAAAAUUCUAUUUACUGGUAGAUCCAAUAAUCAAAUGUUACGCUCCAUCAUGGAUUGCCGCGGAAAGUUUUCAGUUAAGAUGUUGAAAAAAGCCGAUUUUGCCGGAGUACAUUUUGAUGAUAUGUUGAAUUUCAGAAGCGUUGAACCCGACAAAUUGACUGGCAAGGAUGUCGUUAAGACAAUGGCGUUUGCAAAGCCAAGCAGAGAUCUCCGAACUCGUCUAAUCUCGGCAUCAAAGGGAUUAACAGAGGUUGAGCAGAAGGAGUUGACAUUGUUUGGGGACUUACUGGAAAGAUGUUUGGCGCUCAACCCAGAGAAACGAAUAACGCCCACGGAAGCAUUGAAGCACCCUUUCAUCGCAAAGUUGAUGAAAUAAAUUGCAAGGCUUGAGAAGCGUGCUGGGUAGAUAUUUUGGUAUGGUUUAAUGGGGUUGGGUUGCUACAAUUGAGAGAAUAGGAGCGAGUAGGAGCGAGAUGAAUAAAGCUACAUAAAUACUUCGA